AUGAAAGCAAACUAUCGCUUCUCGAACCUCUGCGGCACGGUCUAUAGACAGGGCAAUGUUGUAUUCACCCCAGAUGGAAACUCGGUGCUAAGCCCAGUGGGAAACCGUGUCUCUGUUUUUGACCUUGUCAACAACAAGUCUCGCACCUUCGCCUUUGAGAACCGAAAGAACAUUGCCGCCAUCGCGUUGAGCCCAGAUGCUACAGUCCUGUUGAGCGUGGACGAAGACGGUCGUGCUCUCCUCGUCAACUUCAAACGCGGGGCCGUCCUUCACCACUUCAACUUCCACAAAGCCAUCAAGGCACUCCGCUUCUCUCCGGACGGAAAAUACAUCGCGGUGACCCAUGACUCUCACAUCCAAGUCUGGAAGACCCCCAACCAUCUGAUCCGAGAAUUCGCGCCGUUUGAGCUGCACCGGACAUACACAGGUCACCAUGACGAAGUUUUGAGCAUUGAGUGGUCUCCGGACUCCAAAUGCUUCAUCACAACCUCCCGGGACAUGACGGCACGCCUUUUCACGCUGGACCCGCUAGAGGGUUUCCGACCGAAGACGUUUGCGGGCCAUAAGGAUGCGGUCUUGGGGGCAUAUUUCUCAUCUGAUGCGAAGACUAUCUACACCGUCAGUCGCGAUGGUGCUGUAUUCACGUGGAAAGCGAAGACUCCCGAUAUGGACUCCGAAGACGACUCCGACAGCGACGAGGAUGACGAGCCGGUCGCGUCAACCUCACAAGCGCUUUUCAGCGAGAUUGCCAACACUCGGUGGGGGGUCCAGAAGCGGCACUACUUCAACCAGAACGGUGCCAAGGUCGUUUGCACCACGUUCCACCGGGGCUCGAACCUACUUGUCGUCGGCUUCUCAACAGGCGUGUUCGGGCUCUGGGAAAUGCCAGGGUUCUCAAAUAUCCACAGUCUCAGCAUCUCGCAAGAGAAGAUCUCGUCCGUGGCGAUCAGUCCGUCGGGCGAGUGGCUGGCGUUUGGUGCGAAGAAGCUCGGGCAGCUGCUGGUGUGGGAGUGGCAAUCAGAGUCGUACGUGCUCAAGCAGCAGGGCCACUUCUUCGACAUGAACACCCUCGCGUAUUCCCCGGACGGACAGCACAUCGCGACUGGAGGGGACGACGGCAAGGUCAAGGUGUGGAAUACGACAUCCGGAUUCUGCUUCGUCACUUUCUCCGAACACUCCGCCGCUGUCUCGACUGUAGAAUUCGCAAAACAAGGACAAGUCCUCUUCACGGCCUCGCUAGACGGAACAGUCCGCGCGUUCGACCUCAUCCGAUACCGCAACUUCCGAACCUUCACAUCCCCCACCCCCGUCCAGUUCUCCUGCCUCGCCGUCGACCCCAGUGGAGAAGUCAUUGCCGCUGGUUCGACUGACUCGUUCGAGGUCUUCCUUUGGUCGGUGCAAACAGGCAAGCUUCUGGACGUCCUCACGGGUCACGAAGGUCCCAUCAGCACCCUCGCCUUCUCGCCCACCGGCAGUCUGCUUGCAAGCGGUUCCUGGGACAAGACGAUACGGGUGUGGACGGUGUUCGGUCGUUCACAUGCUGUCGAGCCCCUACAGCUUAGCGCCGACGUCCUCGCAGUCGCGUUCCGCCCAGACGGAAAGGAGCUCGCGGUGGCUAGCCUCGACGGGCAGGUCAUGUUCUUCGACGUCAAUGCGGGCAAGCAGACGAACCUCAUCGACGGACGACGCGACAUCUCUGGGGGCCGGAAGGCGGACGACCGGAUGACGGCAGCGAACAGCGCGUCGGGCAAGGCGUUCAACUCUCUGGCCUACACCGCCGACGGGAACUGCGUCAUCGCCGGCGGGAACAGCAAAUACGUCGUGAUCUAUGACGUCGCAGAGGCGGUGAUGGUCAAGAAGUUCCAGAUCUCGGAGAACCUCAGCCUGGACGGCACGGAGGAGUUCCUCGACAGCCGGCGGGUGACGGAGGCGGGAAACUUGGAUCUGGUCGACGACAGGGGCGACGACAGCGACCUGGAGGACCGGAUGGACACCGCGCUUCCGGGCGCGCAGCGCGGCGACAUGUCGAAGCGUCGGUACCACCAGGAAGCCCGAACGAAGUGCGUCCGGUUCUCGCCCACGGGCCGCGCGUGGGCUGCGGCGUCGACGGAGGGCCUCCUCAUCUACGCCGUGGACGACAGCGUCACGUUCGACCCCUUCGACCUCGACAUCGACCUCACCCCUCAAGCGGUGCUCGACACCCUCGCCCGGCGCGAGUUCCUGAAGGCGCUCGUGAUGGCCUUUAGGCUCAGCGAACGGCCGCUCAUCCUGAAGGCAUACGAGGCCGUGCCGCGCGCGGACAUCCGGCUCGUCGCGCGGGCGCUGCCGGUGCUCUACGUGGGCCCGCUCGUGCGAUUCGUCGCGGAGCACAUGGAGCGCAGCCCGCACGUCGAGUUCGACCUCCUCUGGGCGAGCGCGCUGCUCGGCGCCCACGGGCGGGAGCUCCGGGACCGGGCGGGGGAGUAUGCAAGCGUGCUCCGGGUGCUACAGAAGGGCCUGGUGGACUUUGAGCAGCUCGUGUCGCGGUUAUGCGACGACAACAGUUCGAUGCUGGCGUUCUUGAUCGACCAGCUGAAGGUGCAACGGAGAAUGGAGGGCGCGGAUGUCGAGACUGCAGUUUUCUGA